AUGUAUUAUUUUUUUUUCUUUAUAAUUUUACAAUUAUUUUUUUCGGUACAAUCAUUGAAAGUUUUAGUUUAUUCACCAAAAGUUGGUCAUAGUCAUAUAAAUUUUAAUGGAAGAAUAGCUGAUAUACUUGUUAAAGCUGGUCAUGAUGUUACUUUUUUGGCACCAAAAUUAACAAAUAUGCCUUAUACUAAUGGAACAAAAUUAGCUAAAGUAAUAUCUGUUGAACCAGACUUAUAUGUAGCAGAAAAAUUUCAUGAAACUACUGCAUUAAAAAAUAUGUGGAAUUUGAAAGAAGAUGUAACAAAUGCAUUUGACAUGUUUUCAACAAUAUCAAAUUUAUUUUUAAUUUCAUGUGAACAUUUAAUAAAUCAAAAAGAAUUAACAAAACAAAUAAUUAAUGAAAAAUAUGAUAUAAUGAUUGCUGAAUAUUUUACUACAUGUCCAUUAGGAUUAGUAGAUCAUUAUAAUAUAUCUUCGUUAAUUAUUACAUCAGCAAUGACUUUUAAUGAUAUUGCAUAUCCAAUGUUAGGUCUCAAUUUUCCUUCAAGUUAUAUUCCUGGAUCAUUUAUGCCAUUUAAAGAAAAAAUGACAUAUAAAGAAAGAAUUAUUAAUACAUUACAAUAUAUUACUAUAAAAUAUUAUCUUGAAAAUAUACUAUUUAAAAAAUAUGAAGAAUUAUUUUCUAGAAAGACAAAAACAAAUUUUUAUGAAGCAAAAUAUAAUAUUGGUGGUGUUUUUAUUAAUACAGUUCCAUGGAUGGAUUUUCCUUUUCCAAUAACACCAAAAAUACAUUUUAUUGGUGGUUCUGGUGUUCCUGAACCAAAAAAUCUUACUAAACAAUGGAAUGAUAUUUUAUCACUUAGAAAAAAAAAUAUUUUAUUAUCUUUUGGUUCAGUAGCACAAUCAUUUGAAAUGCCUGAUUCUUAUAAGAAAGGAAUUUUAAUUAUGAUGAAAGAAUUAAAAAAUAUUACAUUUAUAUGGAAAUAUGAAAAAGAACCACAUACAUUACCUUAUAAAGUACCUAAAAAUGUAUUUAUCUCAAAAUGGAUACCACAAAAUGAUUUAUUAAAUGAUGAUAGAAUAACAAUUUUUAUUACUCAUGGUGGAUUAAAUAGUAUAACAGAAGCAAUUUCUAGAGGAAAAGUAACACUUACAGUACCAUUAUUUGGUGAUCAAAUAAGAAAUGCUCAAAUGGUGGAACGAUUAAAUAUUUCAAAAGUUUUUAGUAAAAAAAAUUUGUCUAAUUCUAAAUUACUUAUUGAUACAAUUACUUAUUUAUUAAAUAACAUUGAUUUUUAUUCAAAAAAUGUAUAUAGACAACAAUUAUUAAUGAAGAAUCGACCAUUUUCAGCAGAGGAGACUAUUAUUAAGAUAACAGAGUUUGUUGGUAAACAUGGAAAUCUUCCAGAAAUGGAUUUAUACAGUACAAAAAUGUCAACAGUUGUUUUUUAUAAUUUAGAUAUUAUAUUACCAGCAUUAUUCAUUUUACUUUUAUUAAUAUCUGGUAUUAUAAUAGCUGUUAUUUAUCUUAUUAAAAGUUUUAAUUCAAUUAGAAAAACAACUAAAAUUGAUUAA